GUGUAUCACAACAAACCCUUCUGCAUCUCACUUGCAUCUCUUUGCCGUUUUAUGAGUGCAUGAUCAUGGCAGAGGACUAUGAGGAUUCUGAUUUCUCCUUAUCAUGGACAGAUCAUCUACAAGUUCUCCACAGAGUGAUUACAGCUCUGCGUUAUAAGGAACAGUUUGCAGACGUAACCUUAGUCUGCAAUAAGAAGCACUAUCCAGCUCAUAAGUUUGUCCUGGCAAUGUGCAGCUCAUACUUUGAAGAGCUUUUUGAGCACACCCCCAGCAAACAUCCCAUUAUUGUUCUUGCUGGUAUCCCUUCUGAGGCACUAGAGAAAUUGCUUGAUUUCAUGUAUCUCGGCCAGACGGAAGUUCAUGGCAAGGACUUUGACCGGCUACUAGAAGUUGCACAAGAACUGAGGAUCAGGGGCCUCAUGAAUACAAGUGACAACCCUGAAAACCAAGUACAAGUGGAGAACCAGACAGUAUUUCAAAGCAUCAAACAAGAAGUAGUGGAUGGAGUCAAAAUAGUGGAACCUGUGAGUUUAGCAGAAUUUCCUAUAAAUGGAGAACUGGUUGAGAUUGUUGGAGAAAAAAGGAAAAAUGAAAUUAAGGAACUUGUCGAUCUUAAAGCUGUUCAGAGUGGUAAUGGUGACCAUGUGCUGACCCACACUGUGACGAGCAGUAUGGUAGUGGAAAGUAGUGUUAAUAAUAAUGUUGAAAGCAGAAAGAGGCAAAGUAGCAGUGAGAAUUGUGACACGGCUUUAAAUAAGUGUUCCCAGUGCGAAAAAUCUUUUGAAAGUGAAGAUCUUUUGAACUAUCACAAGAUUAGCCAUAUAGAAGACAAAUUUUUUACCUGUUCAGAUUGUCCGUACAAGACUUUAAACUAUAAUGAUUACAAGACACACACCUCAAAGCAUGCAAAGUCACGACCCUAUGCAUGUCCAUACUGUCCUGAAAAGCAAGUGAACAAAGAACUGCAUAUCAGUCACCAACAGAAAAUGCAUCCUACCAAGGAAGUUACCAUCACGAGGACGGAAUCACUGUUCGAGAAAAUAUUAGUGAAGCAGGACCAAGAAUCAUCCCCCCUGACUGCAGAGACGAACCCAUUCCAGCAACCACCUUCCAAAAUGGCUAGGACAUCACAAUCCCCCACAGUAGAAAGUCUGUCCCAAAGGAACGCUGAGUGGAGCCCAAAAACCAGUGUGAAACGAAUAGUACUACAGAAGCAGCCAAGAAGGUCAACUUCGAAAUCCUCCAGGGGUAGGAGGUCUUGAGGGAAGAUUAGAAGCAAAAGUUGCAUCUUCAUAAACAUGUCUUGUAAUAUGUAUGUCCAACUGGAACAGAAUCAGAAAAAUUGGGUAAUAGUUCCUCAGUUUAAGCUUUAAGUUGUUCUAAAGUGUUCAGUAUGGUUUGUAUAAGUAGAAUAAAGAGUGAAUUUACUUCAGUCUGUGCCUUGACCCAUUAUUUUUCAAACAAAUAGUCAGAUGAGUAUGGCACUUUAGCACAGCAUGUUUUAUAUCCUGCCCUAACUUUUGGUGCUAUAGUACAUUGCCAAAUGCACUUAAUUAUGGCAUUUACUCUUGACUUAGGUAACAUAGUAUCCUUCAGCUUAGAAGGCAUACAGAUUACAUUAUAUAAUUCACUAUAGUACAAAAAAAAUAGGGUAUGGUGUGUAACACACCAUGUUAAAGUGUCAUACUGAUCUGACUAUUCAUUUGGAAGAGAUCUGCAAAAAACAAUGGGUCAAGGCUCUUGAAACGCAUAGUAGUCUGCCCUUGGGAAAGUAAGGCCAAGCAUUUUAAAGUGUUAAAUCAGUGUUUGAAGUAUUAUUACCAAUUUUUCUAUUGGUUAUCAAAAUUAUAGUAUUUACAAAUAUUACAACAUUCCCUGAUUUAAGGGGACCAGCUGGAUAGGCAUGGGCUUCCAUGGUUGAAAUAGAGUUAAGGGAAGUAUCAUGCUUGUGCAAACAUGGAAAAAAUUCCUUUGUGAAUGAUAGGCCCCAAAUGCAUACUUUUGUGGGGUAUCAGAGGUACUACUGGAAAGGUGUUCCAAAUUUUUCACUCAUUUUUUGUAUAUAUGUUCAUUCUAAUGGAUUUUGCAGCAUUUUAUCACAUUACAUUUUAUAUGACUUAGGGUAUGUCCAGCCUACCUCUUUUUACUAGAUAUAAUUGGAUUAGAGUAAAGCAUGUUGAUAGAUACCAAAUUAAAAAGAGGAAGCCCAAAAGAGAAUUGUUCGAGAAUUCAAAUAUUAGAAUUAGCACACUUGAGAUAUAGUUUGCAUGUGACAUCCUGCAAAUUUGUGCUUGCCUAUACAUUAGCUAGCCCACCUCCAACAUUUGAUUGAUUCUGUUGAAAAUAUUGUUACUAUAAUGAAUUAUGUCAAUUUUUGGUCUGUUAUUUUUGUUUCAUGUUGCUGAAUCAUUCACAAUGCAUCAAGAUUAGUUUAUAUGAAAAAUAUACUGAAGAACAUAAA